AUGAUUCAUUUCAGAAAGCAUCACACUAACUUGUUGCAUUCUUUCAUUCCAGAUUUCAUACCGUACCUCAAGGCUCUGUUUCACAAUAGAGUAUAUAUGUUAUUUAUAUGCAUAACCGUGUUACAGUUCAGCGCAUUCAAUGGCAUAAUGACCUUCAUGCCAAAAUACUUGGAACAGCAGUUUGGGAAAUCUGCAUCAGAUGCCAUCUUUUCAAUUGGUAUUUACAACUUACCAGUUGUAUGCAUUGGAUAUUUUUUUGGAGGCUUGUUCAUGAAGAAGUUCAAAACAAAUACCUUUCAGGCUGCAAACAUAGCAUUUUGGAUAUCUUUAUCGGGAUACCUUCUCUACUUUAGUACCUAUUGGACUAUCUGUGAUGCUUCACCAGUUGCUGGCUUAACAGUUUCAUAUGAAGGGAGAGAGCAUGUUUCAUAUACAGAAAAUACUCUCCUUGCUGGCUGCAACAAUGAUUGUAAUUGCGCACUGAAAAUAUGGGACCCUGUCUGUGGGGAUAACGGAGUCACUUAUGUGUCGCCUUGUCUUGCUGGGUGCAAAGCCUCAACAGGAACAGGAAAACAUAUGGUAUUUGAAAACUGCACCUGCAUUGCAGCCUCAGGAUUUUCAUCUCAAAAUGUCUCUGCAAUUCUGGGCCAGUGUGACAAAGAAGAAAACUGUGACAAGAUGCUUCACUAUUAUUUAAUAUUGUCAUUAGUCUGCAGCUUCAUUUUUUCCUUAUCAGCCACGCCUGGGUAUAUGGUCUUAAUAAGGUCUCUAAAGCCUGAAGAAAAAUCAUUAGGAGUGGGUAUCCAUGGACUGGCUUCAAGAGUAUUUGCUGGAAUUCCAUCUCCCAUUUAUUUUGGAGCAUUGAUAGACACCACUUGUUUGAAGUGGGGUACGAAGAGCUGUGGAGGAGAAGGAGCAUGCAGGAUGUAUGACAUUGUCACUUACAGAUGGCUCUACCUGGGUCUGCCAGCAUUAUUACGUGGAGUGUCCUAUAUCCCAAGUGUAUUCAUUCUCCUUAUUUUAAAGAAGAAACUUAAAUCUUCUGAAAGCAAAGUCUUAAUGAAUCCACCAGUGGAAAUGCAGACUAAAGAAGAAGAAAACGAAUCACUAAAAUAGCACUUCAAGCAGGACAUAUCAUGGAAAAAAAAAAAUUACAGUGUAAAUCUUGGACCUAUCUUUGUGAUAAAUUAGUUAUUUGUACUAGCGAACUCCUGGACAGACAUUAACAGAAUUACAUCCAGUUAUAUCCUAGUUCUAUCCUGAGAAAAAUAUUAGUUCAUGAACAGAGGUUCCAGAAAAAGAUGUUUUUUGUGCAAAAGAGCCAGGAGUAGAAAGAAGUAUGAAAACUUAAAAAAAUGCCAGGGUCUCUGUAAAAGACCUGUUCAGACAGUCCUGCUGAUAGGGAUAUGAAUCACACUAAGUGAACAUUUGUUUGAGUACAGGAAUACGAGAACUUCUCAUAGCCCUUUUAGUAUAACUAUUGGAAAAGCCCCACACCCCUGACUAUUAUUUCCUACUACAUAGGGCAUGAAAGAGUCUUCUUGACCUAUAUUCUGUACCAUAGACCGGUACUCCAGUAUUUGCAAGUGUUUUCUAUCUACUUCUGUAUUAUUCAGA